AUGAGCACUACGGCAUACUCCGACUUCUUCAGGCGAAGGACUCUCGGGCGAGCGUCGUCGCCCCCGACGUGGGCGUGCUACGAGCAGAUCCCAUACGAUGAUGACUAUAGCGAUAGUGGGUCAGAGGAUAACUCCUGUUCAGAGGACGAAGAGGACUACAGCCAACCCGUGCAUGGCGGUGACAGCGAUCGCGAACCGCCCGCCGUGCACGAGAGCGAGAAGCACGCUCAGCAUGGUGACGGCGACAUGGAGAUUGAUGUGGAUGAUGAGGCCGUCUCCGCACAGAAGAUUGCGGACUUCAAGAAGGACGUGAAGGGCAAGCAGCGCGCCAUUGAACCUGAGCAUGAGAGCCCCAAGAAGCAGCACCGCAAGAAACAUCGGCAGCAGGUAUUCACUCUUCGUCCGAUCCUGACCAUACAGAGGAGCCAAGGGUUUGUGUGGAAUCAGGAUUUGUUUGUCCCACCAUACAUCAAGGACCGAUACGUCGCUUCGACCUCCCCACCGAAUGCGUCAGGAUUCGUGUCCUCGUCCGUGUCGUCCACGAACUCCUCCAUGAUGGACUACGAGGUGGAGGUGGUAGAGAUCCGAGUGAGGGAAGGAGAGCUGAAGGAUAUCAUUCCUUGA